CACAUGUUCCGGCUCAGCUCCUCACUCCUCCUUUCAUUGUAUGCUUGUCCUCUCCUUCCAGAAAAGAAGGAUUAUGCAUCCUCCUUUUCCCUCCUCCUCGUAGCUCAUCCACUUUUAUGCUGGGGUGUCGGUAUCAAACGGCGCGCUUUCAGUACGCUGUCCUGCGGAGAGCCCUGGAAGUCCCUUUCUCUUUGGAACGGAGGACUUAAAUGCCGGACCUCUCUGGCCAGGAAGCUUGCGCAUCAGCUGUCUAUGCUACAAACUGUCCCGGUGGGAUCCAAGUCUUCACGGGACUCCUGUUUUCCUCACGGCUUGGCUUGCUUCUCCUUGAAGUUUAAGGACGAUCAACCGUUUUUGACAUCAGGCUUGUUGUAACCCUGCCUCUGCAUGUUAAGUCUAUGCUGUUCAUGUGUGUUAGAGUCCAUGCUGGCGAGUCUUAAUGUGUGACAUUUAGAAGACUAAAGACUGUGAGUGAGAGUGAGAGUGUUGGUGUGUGUUGCACUGUGAAGAUUUGGUUGUAGUGUGGCUGGGAGAGUAAAGGCUUCUGUGUGGUUGGCUCUGCAAGUCUUGCAGUCCCAGUCAUGGUUCUUGACAGGAGGACAUAGAUGACGUUGGAGCGGGAGGGAGACCCCACAAAUAUAGAGCCUCUGUCCCAAGGGAGCCUCCUGAGACUGGCCUGAGAGGAAGGGAGGAAGGGACAGGAAGAGGGAUAACCCACAAAUGAGAAAGAGGCAGAUUGAGAGAAAGAACACGAAGGAGAAGUGGAUGAAGAGCAAGAGAUAAAGGGAGGAAGGCAGACGACAUCAGAGGGAACUGGGGCAUCAUUUCUCACAUGAACAUUUACAGGCAUUGGCUGGCGUGGAACAGCUUACUGAGAGGAGCUGCAGUCCCCAUGCAGAAGGAAAAAAAAAACUGAAGAAAGGAGAGAGAGGGAAAUGCAGACCGGCUGCAGGGGUCUUGCUCCUUUCUAAAGCACAGAACCACUGACACAAGCAAGCCCACAAACACUUGGACACACACACACCUGUUCCUCUUCACACUGAAAACACAGACCGUGACUUCUUGGACAUAAUCUGUUAAACUGUCUUCUUUCCCAUGCCCUCCUCCUAUUCAGUCUCCCCCCACUCUCACACAGUCGGACUCCAGCAAUCGCAACAGGAGCAUGUUUUUCUUAUCAGCUUUGCCGCUGGUAAAAUUACACAGGAGGAGCAUUUUGAAUCAUAGGGCUCUAAUCUCAAACAGAUACUGAAACCCCCCCUGCACCAAAAAUCAAGAAGACACCAAACCACCAACUCCCAAACAUUGGACCGACCUGACUGACCUUAAGACCAAGGGGAUCAGUUAAGGAGAGACCGUCCAGACACCUGGAGCCCCGUGAAGACGGGAGCAAGACAGGACAAGCCCCAGCCGUCACUGCCGGCAUGCAGGUUUCGUUUGCAUGUUCAGACCAGGAUGGGGGUAGAGGAGGUCUGAGACCCCCGGGGAAUGGAGGGCACAGCAAGCAGAACGCCACCAGCCCCAACACGGCCAGCAAGGCGCGGGCACGCUUCCGUACCGUGGCACUCAUUGCACGGAGCCUGGGCUCCUUUACCAACUGCUACCACCACAACCUCAAGGAAUCCACCGCCAAGCUCACGGGCAUGAAGUACCGGAACCUGGGGAAAUCAGGCUUGCGUGUCUCCUGUUUGGGCCUUGGUACUUGGGUAACAUUUGGCAGUCAGAUUUCUGAUGAGGUGGCUGAGCAGUUGAUGACCAUGGCCUACGAGAACGGGGUCAAUCUCUUCGACACAGCCGAGGUUUACGCCGGAGGGAAGGCAGAGAUAAUCCUGGGGAACAUCAUCAAGAAAAAGUGCUGGAGGAGAUCCAGUCUUGUAAUCACCACCAAGCUGUACUGGGGAGGAAAAGCAGAGACGGAGAGAGGGCUCAACAGGAAACACAUCAUUGAAGGUCUGAGGAGUUCUUUACAGAGGAUGCAGCUCGAGUAUGUGGAUGUGGUCUUUGCCAACCGGCCCGACAGCAACACACCCAUGGAGGAGAUUGUAAGGGCAAUGACCCAUGUGAUCAACCAAGGCAUGUCCAUGUACUGGGGGACAUCGCGAUGGCCUGCAAUGGAGAUCAUGGAGGCAUACUCUGUGGCCAGGCAGUUUAACCUGAUCCCUCCAGUGUGUGAGCAAGCAGAGUAUCACUUCUUCCAGAGAGACAAGGUGGAGAUACAACUGCCUGAGCUCUACCACAAAAUAGGUGUGGGUGUGGUAUCCUGGUCGCCUCUGGCCUGUGGACUCAUCACUGGGAAGUAUGAGAACGGUAUCCCAGAAUGCUCCAGGGCCUCCAUGAAGCCAUAUGCUUGGUUGAAGGAGAAGAUUGUGAGUGAGGAUGGGAGGAAACAGCAGGCCAAGCUGAAGGAGCUGACUUCUAUCUCUGAAAAGCUGGGCUGCACCCUGCCACAAUUAGCAAUUGCCUGGUGCCUAAGGAAUGAAGGAGUGAGCUCAGUGCUACUGGGAACAUCCAACCCCAUCCAGCUAGCAGAGAACCUGAGGGCGAUAGAGGUCAUUCCAAAGAUGACCGCAGGCAUUGCUACAGAGAUUGACCAUGUCUUGGGAAACCGACCCCACAGUAAGAAGGACAUUCAUCAAGCACAUUAGAAUGGAGCCAUUCUUCAGAACCGAUUUUAUUCUUUCAUUCGAAUCCCCAUUAGCUUUUGCCAGAGCAGCAGCUACUCCUCCUGGGGUCCACUGAUAGACCAAAUCCGGACACUCUGGUCGGUGGCCCCUACAGUUUGUGGCCAAUCCCGUGUGAGGCGUGUAUGUGUGUGUUCUGCGCAGUUCCUCGUCCAUCCCCAUGAAGAUCAACCAGCACACAAUGUCUAUAACUAAGACUGUGACUAAGCAUGCGUGCCACAGGUCUUCUGACUACCAGCCAUUAUAAAGCCAAAUAAAGAUAGUCAGCCCUGCAUUCCAUAAAAUCCAAAGCAAACAUUUUCCCUCUCCAUCUCUAACUGAUCCGGCUGAUGUCUGUAGAAAACAGUAGGACAUUUUUUUCAGGACAAACAUUUGACAGAGGACAGUGUUCCGGUAAGGUUGGUGAAAGUUUUUGCACCAGAAUGUGCUACUAGUCCUUCAUUGAUUCUGUGAUAAUGAACUGUUUAGCUUCACGAUGAGGAGUUGAUUUACUUUCUUUGCAUCGUGAUGCUUAAAUACCAACAUAGAUGUGUUGGAUUAAAUAUUUAAAAAAUAUAUAUAUGCUGAUUAUUAACACAAUUUAAUUAACAACACUUUUUCCAAAAAAGUUGGGAUGCAGCAUACAAAUAAAAACAGAAUGCAAGAAUGUGCAGAUCAUUUAACCU